AGAGAGCCUCGUUUAGACGUUCUCUACGCAUGCGCAUCGCUACCCCUUCCUCUUUCUUCGCCGCCAUUUUGUCAUCGGUCUAUAAGAUGUCGCAGUCGGUACAAGUUUUUGGUCGUAAGAAAACUGCCACUGCAGUGGCUUUCUGCAAGCGUGGUAAUGGCUUGAUCAAGGUUAAUGGGGUACCUCUAGAUCUGGUUGAACCAGCUACCCUCAGAUACAAGGUCCAAGAACCAAUCCUUUUGUUAGGAAAGGAAAGGUUUGAAGGUGUUGACAUUAGAGUUAGAGUCAAGGGUGGUGGACAUACCUCAAGAAUAUAUGCUAUCCGUCAAGCUAUUUCAAAAUCCCUYGUAGCUUACUACCAGAAAUUCGUUGAUGAGGUCUCCAAGAAGGAAAUCCGUGACAUUCUUGUCCAAUAUGACMGAUCACUCCUUGUUGCCGACCCUCGUCGCAUGGAGGCCAAGAAAUUUGGUGGACCUGGUGCCCGUGCACGCUACCAGAAGUCGUACCGUUAGGUUUAUUAUUGUAUUGUGUCGUCAAGCGCAAUAAAUUACUACCGUGAACAAUA